AUGUGUGCGGAAGGAGAUAUCUUCGGAAUUAACGACCUACUGAGUGCUGUAGACGAUGAUGAGGAUGGAGAAGGAAUAUCGGCCAAGCCGAUCCUCCGUUAUCAGGAUCCUUUAGAUGGAAUGAAAAGUGGUUUGCACGUGGCCGUUGAAAAGGGACAGGAGGAAGUCAUCUGGCUCUUGUUGUGGCUCGCUUCGACUCUUUCAACAAACAUCUUCCCCGAGCAAAUCAGCCAAAUGGCAGAGGCAAUGGGAGUAGAACGCGAUACUGCCGAUGGGAAAGAUAUCCGGAAUCUUCGGGAUGCUGAAGGACGGUUGGCAAGCGAUUUGGCGAGAAGUACAGGCAAUGUUCUCUUGACAGAAUUACUGUCGGCGAAUCUGCCCUGA